CCUCCCGCUCUCUCUGCGCAAAAUGGCGCGGCCCAGUCGGCCUCGGCCUGCGGAGCUCGACAGCCAGCCGUGCCUCUCUCCUCAAGCCGAGUCUCUCUGGGGGAAGGGAGAGGAAAAGAGCCAGGACUCCACGAUAGCAAAAAUGGGUCGACGAGCUCAUCCGGAUUUCACCCAUGAUGAAAAUCGUCGUAGCAGGAUCAACUCUCCUCCUGUAGAGCGUCCCACAUCUAAACCUGAUGUCCGGGAAGGAGUUUGGUCUGGCUUGGUUGGUGUAAGUACUUCCAAGUCAAAAAAGAAGCCUGCAGAACAAGAUGUGGAAGACCACCGUCUGAGGCAGCAGAGCUCAGAUGCAGCAGAUGAUGGAGGAGAUAUUCCAGUCAUCCCUGACUUGGAAGAUGUUCAAGAGGAAGACUUUGCUAUGCAAGUGGCGGCCCCACCCAGUGUUCAGGUGAACAGAGUGCUGACCUAUCGUGACCUGGAUAAUGACCUCAUGAAAUAUGCUGCUUUCCAAACCUUGGAUGGAGAGAUUGACUUAAAGCUUCUGAGUAAGGUUCUAGCUCCAGAGCAGGAAGUGCGAGAGGAUGAUGUCAGCUGGGACUGGAAUCAUCUCUACACAGAAGUUGCUUCAGAGCUCCUGAGUGAGUGGGAUUCUGGGCAGUCUGAAAAGGAGGACAGCCUCGUUCGGAAUAGGAGCACUUGAACUUUGACUGACUGAAAUUGUCAACAACACUACCACAUCUGUAGAAUAUAAAAACUAUAUUUUAAUAUUAUAUAUCUAUAUAUUGUAUUUGAGGAUUUAUUUUAAUGCACAUUUUAAAAAAUCAAUUUUUGAAAAUAUGGAUUACAAAGCAAAGAAAUUGAAAAGAGAAAAAAAGGGGAAGGUAAGUAUAUAGGAUAUUACCAAGGUCUAGUUAUUUUCACUGAUACAAGAAAAUAAAUUUUCUUGCAGUUGUUUAUAAAA